AUGACAGCUACGUCAGAAGGAGAUGUGGCUGUCAGACUCCUGGACUUCCGGAUGUGCACCACAGGUUCAGCAGUUGUGUACAGCUUGCAGCUGAGCAAUGGCAAAGAGUGCUGGGUGGUGGCCCGACGGUACAGUGAGUUUCUCAGAUGCCACGUCAAGCUGCUGGAGCUUUUUGACCGCAAGCAGCUUCCGCCGUUUCCUCCCAAGGAGCCCUUCUGGCAAAAAGUCUUUGGGGGAGAUGAUGCGCGGAGCGACUGGAUGGAAGAGCGCUAUGGCAAGCUUUUCGGAUAUCUUGUGGGCCUGUUGGACAUGGAAGGAGUGCUCCACAGCGAGGCCCUGCUGGAUUUUCUCAAUGCUCCUCGCGCUCGCAGAUCCCGGCACCGAGAACUCGAUGCCACUACUUCCGCGGCCAUCGCAAUCAUUUGCAGCGUUCGAGUGCGCCUCACUGGUGAUCCUGGUGGCGUUGAGGUUGUGAUACGUGCCGAUGCGCCCGCGCGAUGCUCUGUGCGACUGGCACUCCGACCUUUUCAAGCUGAUGAGCAGCUAGAAGAUGUGCCACAUCCAACUCAACCGAGCUUGGAGUCCACUGAUCAACCCUGGGAGAGGCUACUGGAGCUGGACUUGGACCCAUCGAAGAGUCAAGAGCUCACACACCGGUUUGAUUUGGACCCUGGAUCGCUAUGGCAGGUUGCCGCCGUCGGUGUUGCUCAAGAUGGCACCACUGGAAAUCCGGUGUGCAUCCAGAUACGUGCGCCGACUGAAGCUGAUUUGGAGUCCGUGCCUAAGGCGACUUUUGCACACGGACCGCCUACGGGAGAAGCGGAAGAGACAGGGGGAGUUGACAUCGCAGUGUUCAGCGAUGGAGGCGCUGAAAAGCUUUCAGACAACGAAGACAGCAUCAGCCCAGGGGAGGAGGAGUUGGAUGAAGUCGAUGAACACACAGCAGAUGGGCAGACACUUUCGAUGCGAAGAAGAAAGCGAAGUCUCAUCUCACCUGCCCACAAGGUUAUCUCUUUUCAAGGCAGCGUAGCCCUGGAGUAUGCAAGAAAAAUCGAAGAGAAGCAACGUCUCGCAGCAGAGAAGACACCACAUCGCUGGGAAGAACGAGAUGGGCAGAGGCGAUCUGUGCCGGUCGAUCGGCUGGAGACGAAGUCCGCAUCGGGGGCUGCUGAGCGACUCCACUACGGAACCGUGGAGGUAUUGGACCAUUCCAUACAAGCACACCAAGAGCAGCAACUGAGAGAGGACGAGCUGAGAGUGGCUGCGUGGAUCCACGCGGUCACCGGAGAUCCAGGGGCCGGGCGUGCAUCGGUUGGAAGCGGGUCCCUGCAGGACGCAUUGCAGUCUGGUGAGGUCUUGUGCGACCUGAUCAAUGCCAUUUGGCCAGGGCGCAUCGUGGGGAUCGCCAGAGGUUCUGCGACUCGCAUGCUGUUCAGACGGGUGGCAAACAUCACGCAAUUCGUCCAGGCGUGCACAAAAGAAGGCAUGGCCAACAGCGUUUUUGUCCCCGGAGACCUGGCCGAGGGCAAGAACUUCAGAAGUGUGCUUCGAUGCUUGUGCGCAUUGGCUCAUCAGGUUCCAGACAGCUACGAGGGCCCGCGCCUGGCGACGCAGUCCACAGGGGCCAUCCUGGGUGAACUCGAGCGCACGGGCGACCGUCUCAGAUACUGCCUGUUGAAAGGCACAGGUCCUCCCGAAGGUUGGAUCAGCUUCAAGGUUGCUGGUAAAGACUUGGUCCAGCCUGCAUCCGCCUUGCUCGGACCGUCGCUCGAAGAACCCUGGCCAGAGAACGUGCAACCCCUGGUGCCUGAAAGCAAACCAUUUCCUGCACCGAAGGGCCGAUGUUUUGGGAAAGACGGGAAGAUGAAGAUGCUGUAUUUGCACGGCGGAGGUGUCAGCAAGACGGUUGCACAAAUGCAGCUGAACAGCACCUUCAAGGAAUUUCCUGGCAAGAAGCAGCUGGAGUGGACGAUCUGGACUGGGCCACACGCUGUACCGCUUGGGUGGAACGGAGACUUUUCCUUGAAGCCAUUCGGUCCGAACUUUACCGUUUACUUCGAGCGCCUUCCGUUUGCAAACUGUCAGUGGGAGACGUGGGAGGGCUUUGAGAAGACGUUGGCCGAGUUCAAGAAGUUCCUCAAGGAGAAUGGGCCAUUUGACGGGGCAAUGGGUUUCGACAUGGGCGGUGAGUUCUUGGUCCACGUUGCCGGCUUGGCCACUGAGGGAGAUCCCGACCUGAAGGAGGCCUUCCGCUUCCUCAUGCUCUUCACCACCACAGCUCCGAAGCACCUGUCCCCUAUGGGCAAAGCUCGCAUCAAAGCACCUUUGCAAAUACCGACCAUCUGCAGCUGGAGCAAUUCUGACGAAAACCACCCGUACAUGGAAUAUGAAGAGCUUCCGCUGUUUAUCCAUCGGGACUUCAGGGAAGUGAUUGUGCAUCAUGAUGGGCACAAGCCACCCCUUCUGAAGAAAGAGCAAACAGUUUUCUGGCGCUUCGCACGAUUUCUGGAUGCUAUGGAGAAGGGAUGGACCUUCACCCCAACAGACCACGAAGACAACGCACUUCGAGCGAAGCUUUGGCUGCCUAUGCUGCGAUCAGGGCCAUGCCCUCCCAAGACAGGCAAGAGGCGUUUGCUGGUCGUACCAGACCCCGUCGGCAUGGGAGACCUCCCGAAGACCAUGGAAGCACUGCAGGCCAUGCAAGCCAGAGGUGAGCCUCUCGAAAGCAAGGGUGAGCCCUUCGUCAGUGGCGGCACACCUCCCAAGCCGCUUCAGCGACUGGAACUUCUGGCAAAAGUCUGCCAAGCAUCACCUGAGAUCUUUCAGAAGGCUGCUGCUGCUUCCGACCUGGAAGUUCAGCAUGUAAGCAUCUCUGAAGAGCAGUCGAAGAUCAAAUGGCAUUGCGACAUGACCGACGUUCCUUCGCGACAAUUGCUCAGCAAGGACAUCAUCAAUGAUGAGCAACGCAACUCUGAUGUCCAAGACCUGGCCAGAAAGUUCUUGGAGGCCACGAAGGAGGUCGGAGAUGCACCUUUGGCUCUCGUUGGACUUGGCACCGGAGCUUUCAUUGCAUUUGCCAUCGCUCGGGAGCUCGUCGCAGCCGGCACCCAGCCCUUGGGCCUGUGGCUGGUGGAUCCGAGUGUCCAGUUCAUGUGCUUGUUGAUCGCGAUUCGACCUAUGGCCCACCAUGGAGAUACGAGGCUCUUGUCGCUCUUUGCCUUGAUGAUGUUGGCCGCGCCGUUCGACAUCCUUGCCGAGGAGACUCGUGAGUUCUUCAAGACUGCCGCCCUGGCCGUCCCACCUCCUCCGUCACUGUUGAAGGCGCAGGGUUCGCCCCACAUUCAGGAACUGGGACGAGAACAUGCAGAAGGUCGGCAGGAAGGAAACCAUGAUGAAGAGGAAACAAAGAACUCUGCGAGUGAGUCAUUGUUGGCUUUCCUUCUGGAGGAGUUGCAGUCGCUGGCGCUUGCGAGUGGACAUGGAGCCCAGAAGACGCAUGAUGGCGCGCAUCCUGCCAGACUGUUAGCAAGGUAUGCUGGCCUUCUGCCCCAACAAGGCAGCGCGUCCAAAAGGUGUGUGCCUGCAGCGGUGCUAGACCCGAUCCUCAGGCACCUCGGCGUGGUUUUGCAAGACUCCGCCCAUUCUUUGUCAUUCACGGACCUGGCUGUGGCAUUGGAAACUCUCGCGGAUGCCGGCAUUCGACCACGUAGCGUCUUGGAGGCACUGAUGUCUGCAGCAGAGGCCUGCGAAUUUCCCACUGUUGAAGAUGGUGCCGCAACAUCUGUUGCUGCUUUGCUGCACGGUUGGCGGGCUUCAGGGCGGCCGCUGACCCCAACCCUGCGGGAACGCCUCAAAGCCUUCCUUUCCGAGCAUGAGGCUCGAGGAUUCUCUUUGUCUUCAUUGGGCAGUCGGCCCUUCCGAGUUGCAGCGCGCAUGCUGGCAGCUACAGAUGCAGGCUUCGUGCGUGACGAGGGGCGAUCACUCUACAGUCUUCUGCGGCUGCUGGGGGAGGUGGCCGAGCACGGACAUCACCACGAUGACCUCUUCACUUUGCUGGUUGCAUUGCAGCAAGUGGAAGCAGGUGAUGUGACUCUGUCCGAGCUGCUGACCCGAGCUAAGGUGAUUCUACAGGUCAUGAUCUGUCGGAGCACCCCGCUUCGCAUGCAACCUGCUCGUCUAGUUGAAGUGCUAGAGAUGCUGGCAAGCUCUGGUGAGUGGAGUGCAGAGCUGCUUGCAGCUGUUGCAGAGGAAGUCGUGUCAAACUCGCAGGCUUUGGGUCCGGCCGGUAUCGCAUCAGCUCUCCAUGCAUUGUCAAGGCAGAAGGAGUUGGUCUGCAUGACUGUGGAAGAAGGCCGUUGCAAAUGA